AUAAAGUAUUUCCGGAUAGGGAGUAACCUGCUACCAGUCUCUCGUCUCUCCCCCUUUCUCUCUCUGUGGACACAGCGGCGACCCGCAACAGAGCCCAACCACCUGCGGCGCGACCUAGCCGGCGAGCGGCGGCAACCACAGGUCCGGCGAGGGGCGGCGUUCAGGUCGUCAACCAUGGUUUUCCUUCAGGAAGAGAUGUCUUGGAACGUGCUGAUCUCACCGGACCAGCUGAGCCCCAAGGGCCUGCUGCUCCGCAAGUCCAUCAUCGUGCGUCUUCUGGAGGACGUCACCAACAGGAAGGCCUCCAAGGAGCAUGGCUACUACAUUGCUGUAAACGAGCUGAAGACAAUCUCUGAAGGGAAGGUUCGUGAGCUGACCGGAGACGUUCUUUUCCCGGUCACAUUCACCUGCAUCACCCAGAGGCCUAUGAAGGGGGAGAUCUUGGUCGGCUCCGUGGAGAAGAUCCUCAAGCACGGUGUCUUCCUCAAAUCGGGGCCGAUUGAAAGCAUCUUCCUGUCGGAGAAAUCGAUGAGCGACUACAAGUACAUGGGCGGCGAGAACCCCAUGUUCAUGAAUGACCACUCGAAGCUGGAGAGGGACACCGCUGUGCGCUUCAAGGUCAUGGGGUUCCGCUGGAUGGAGGCAGACCGCCAGUUCCAGCUCCUUGCGUCGCUGGCUGGUGAUUUCCUCGGGCCGCUGUGAGCUGCUCCGGAGAUGCUAAACCUGGCCCCUGCUGUACAUUUUGUUAUCCUGGUGGUGGUGGAUGAACUUUGCUGUUGUGAUGGCCGGUGGCACAUGGUUGCCGUGACUUUUCGCAGUGUCUUGAACUCAUCAGUGUAGUGUGAUGCAGGCUAUAGGGUGUGAUGACAAUGGGAUUUAACUCCAUGUCUUGAACUCAUCAGUGUAGUGUGAAUUAUGACGAGCCUGCGUUUGAACAUAUCACUUUUAACUUGGAUGCAUGUGUUUGUGGCCUUCUA